UCACGCCCGCGACUGUUCGCGGGCUGCGCCGUAGGGGGCAAUUGCCCUCUCGAGACGUCGAGUAGUAAGGUAGUCGUCCUCAAUUUCUACCUAAGCCUUCUCCAAACGCCUACCUGCAACCUUCUUCCUUUCUCGCUGCAAAGCUCUAUGUACAUGAUGGAACGAUUCUUCUCUUCGAGAAAGGGGCCUUUGCUGUCUCUUCUCGCCCUCUUCAUAUGGCUCAUGCCUCGCCUUGUCUCGGGACAGACAGCGAUACAGACGCAGUCGGUGCCUGCUAUCAUGCCCACAUUGGCCGGGCCAUCAAAACCGCGAACCACUCCUUGGGAAGAGCUGUGUACCACUAGAGGACUAAUAGAACCAUGGAUGUAAGGGCUGGAUGUAAGGGCUCUUCCGAAUUAUUCGUC